GCUCCACUCCCCCCGCCAGGGAGGGACCGACGGUUUACGUCAGCAGGAACAAAGGGUGGGACUUCGGCAGCAGCACAUUAUCCCGUAUGCGGGUGUCUCCCUUUGCUGCGGUGAGGAGUUGGGCUCAAGGCUGUUUCACUUCCAUUCCAGCUGCGUCUGCAAAGGUGGAAGAAGAAGCCCGGACUUCACUGUUUUGCUGUCGGCUGAUUGCUGCUGUUGAGCGCAUGACAGGAAAGCACAGGGGCCUUGGAGAGAAAACUCACAGCCAGCAGCGAGGCCUGCGUGCCACUGAAGCAGACCAGCCAAUGGGUACCUGCUCUAUGUAAUGGCACGGGCUCAGCAGCCUUAAGUAGACCAACGUGUGAGUAAGAAGCUUCAGACUCCCUCCCAAUAUUUUGAAGUAUAGAAGGAAGAAAUGAAUCUUGCCAAUGAUGGUGCAAUGUCCAGAGCCAUAUUUGACUGGGACUAUGUUCUGUGGGAAGUUCGUUUGACAUUACUAGCAGCUGGUUUUUUCAUCUACCUGGGAGUAUUUCUUCUAGCUCACUGGCUGUCCUCAUGGAUCAGUGCUACUUAUCGUGCUUUGUCAGCAAAGGAGAAGGUCUUCUGGAAUAUGACUAUCACACGUGGCGUGUUUGGAGUUCAGAGUUGCAUAGCUGGGUUGUGGGCCAUGCUCAUAGAUCCAGUUUUUCAAGCUGACAAAGUGUAUUCACAGCAAAAGUGGAGCUGGUUUAAUUGCUUAAUAGCCUCUGGCUUCUUUUUGCUUGAAAAUGUAGCUGUUCAUCUGUCUAAUAUUAUUUUCAAGACGUUUGAUGUAUUCUUGGUAGUUCAUCAUUUACUUGCCCUUGGUGGCUUUCUUGGGCUGAUAACAAACAUAAAAUCUGGACACUAUCUACCCCUGAUUGGACUGCUACUUGAGAUGAGCACUCCUUCAACCUGCUUCUCCUGGGUACUUUUAAAGAUUGGCUGGUCUAAUACCCUUUUUUGGAAGGCAAACCAGUGGGUAAUGAUCCACCUGUUUCACUGUCGCAUGAUCAUUACUUAUCACAUGUGGUGGGUGUGCAUUUCCAAUUGGAAUGAUGUGGUGGAAAAUAUGGGACUUCCAUAUUUUACUGUCUUUUUCAUGGGAUUAUGUUCACUUACAAUAAUACUUAACCCAUACUGGACAUACAAGAAGACCAAGCAGCUCCUCACUCCAGUUGACUGGAACUUUUCAAAUACAGCAAUGAAAAAUGGAUCUUUUGGAAAAUUAAACGGUGAAACAGGCCAAAAGAAGAGGCUAUAAUGCUGCAACAGAUAUUAUGGUAAAAUAUGGCCAGAAGAACAUGGAGCAGGUUUACUCCUGAGUGCAUGAAAAUAGAAUUAUUUACAAGACGUUUAUAAACAUAUUGCUCAGUUGGCCGAUUGUUAUCAGUAUUCUAUACUCAUUUAUCAAAAGUGUUUAAAAUUGUUGCUUCCUCUCUCUCAUUAUUUUUAUAUAUAUAUAAUAUAACACAGUCAAAAUCUUUGACUCACUCAGAAUUUAUGCCAGCAUUUUUCUCACGUUGGACAGUGCUCUGUCAUUUAGCAAUGAAAAGCAAGCGUCUAUCAUUCAUUUUAGAAUCUCCAGGUGCUUCACAAAUAGCUAAUUAAGCCUCACAGCUCCUCCUUGAAGGAGAUUAGCAUUAAUCCCAUUCAGUAUAUGUGCGAGAUAUUGAUAGUGACUUGUCCAAAGUUAAAUUGUAAAUCAGUGGCAAAACUAGAACUAGAAUGUAGAACACCUGGCUCCUAGACCCAUGCUUUUACCACUAGCCCAUAAAAUUUUAUAAUGAAUUCUCCAUCACUUGAAGUUUUUAAAUCAAAACUAGAUAUCUUUCUGAAAGAUCCGAGAGAAUGAUGUAGGUCAAACAGAAGGUGUGGGCUUGGUGCAGAGCAGAAAUCACUGGGUGAGGUUCUAUGGCCUGUGUUAUACAGGAGGUCAGUCUAGAUGAUCAUAUUGGUCCCCAGGCCUUAAAAAUCUAUGAAAAUGUAAAGUACCAUAAGAGUCCAUAAUGAGCUGUUUGUUAGCACAAUUUCUAGUGUACGAGGAUCCAUUGCACAAAAUCACCCCAACUAUCGGCACUGACUGAUAACCUGGUUGAUUGGCCAGCUGACUAGAGGGAAGUUGAGCUGUCUUUUCACUUGUGCAGGUGAUUCCUCCACAUCAAGGAUGUGGUUGUUGCCUGUUCCGGAACCUCUUCUAUGACCACACAGAGAACUUUAAUCUUCAGGGACACCCCUCUGUAUGGUAACACUCCUACAACAUAAUUUAGAAAUCUUUUGUUUUUUUAUUUAGGAUCUUUAUUUUCUUUACAAUCAAAUGACUCGUUGAGGGUGAUAAUACUUCGCUAGCAUCUGUCUAGCAAAACCUUAAAUCUUUCCCUGACACAAAGAAAAUAUUGUUGGUUUAAAGCUAACUAGUCUGGGACAACUGGUUAAAGUAAUCAUACCCAGUUACAGGCUUGAUUGGACCAGUACUGGUUGAGGUUGUAGACAAGUGACUAAUGGACUCUUCUGUGCAGGAGUGGCACCUAAUGGCAGGAGUGAUGCAUUAGUUUUAACAUAUAAAACUGGCAAAACCAAAAAUGUGUGUGGGGCAAAUCCCAUAAUUUGACAAGAACUCUGCUUAAUUGUAAAUUUAUUUCCCAAAGUAACUAGCUUCUGUAAGGCACAUGGAAGUAUUUUAGGUCAAGGCUCAUUUUUCUAAUAGUUUUGUAUGUGGACAUGUGGGUAACAUACACUGUUUUCCUAAUUAUAAGGAGAAAGCAUAAAUCAGCACAUUGUAUGUAGUGUAAAUGAAGCAUUUCACUGACACAUGCCAGGUGGAAUGGGGAAAAACUGAAUGCUCAGAAUGCUGUUGGGCCCAAGCAGAAAUGUAUUAGGGAACACAUCAAAGAUUUGUUCCUGAGAUAUAGACCCUUUCACUUCUAGAUCAUAGGUUCAAAUCCAGCCCUAGUGAUGGCAGUAGAGUGAUUAUCUGGAGACUGUCUAAUGAACUAGGUGAAAUAUAUUUUGUGGUCUCAGUCCAGUUCCCAGUGGACAGUACUCCAAACCCCCACCUUUUUGGCAGUCUCAUGAGAAAGGCCAUGAAAAUCAAUUACCCUGUUAUCCAUAGUGGUGGCCUCUCCAGAUCAGAGUAAAGUCUUGUUGCUUGGGCAGCGUGACACACAUUUAUCCUGUCCUGUAGAUAAAGAACUGGAUUCCCCAGGGCAGUCAAUCAAGCACUUUUCAGGAGCAGAAAAGUCACACACAAAAUGUUUGCGAAAAGGGUUGAGGAUGAAUCAGUUCCUCAUAAACAGAAAAGAAAAUCUGUGACCCAAAUACAUAAAGAGGCCAAACCUCACUGCAAGAGGUUCCAGUAUUGGGUGCUCAGCAAGUCUGGUCACUUGGGAGCAAGAUGCCACCUGGAGAAGGCAUGGAGAUGAGAAGUCAAAGAAUUUGAGAAUGUUUUGAAACCAGGAGACUGGAGAAUUUGUCGAGGCCUAAGAACAGGAGAGAAGUAGCCUCAGAAGUGGGUGAAACAGGAAAUUGGGAUAUACUCAGAGGUGAAAGUAAGCCGGUGCGCUGUACGGGGGCGGCCCGGCUUGCCCAGUGGGCAAUUUAAAGGGCUGGAGCCCCAAGCCCUUUAAAUUGCCACCAGAGCCCCACUGCUAGAGCCCUGAGGUAGGGCUGCGGGGCGCUGGGGGCUAUUUAAAGGGCCCGGGGCUCCAGCUGCCUCUGCCGCCCCAAAGUCCUUUAAAUAGCCGCUGGAGCCCCGCCACUUCCCCAGGGCUCCGGCACCUAUUUAAAGGGCCGGGGCAGUAGAAGCAGGGGAGCCGCGGGCCCUUUAAAUAGCCCCUGGAGCCCCAGGCUGCUGCUGCUACCCCGGUGUGGGAGGGCGGGAGGAGGAGGGGGCACUUAUCCUACAGAGUGGACUGGGGCUGGCUCUGACUCCCUCAGCCACACCCCUUCUGCCCUAGGUCCCGCCCCUUCCGGGGGCCAGAGCUGGCCCCAGCGUACCGGUAAGUCACUGGACUUACUUUUACCCCUGGAUAUACUUGUAAUUUUUGGAGUAGUUUGUGUGGCCUUGGUUUUAGCACUUAGAGGGGCUGUGAUUAGCUGUAGUGCUGGAGAUUCAAAAGCAUAUUGGAAGGGUGUUCUCAGUGGGAUUAGGCAACUGGGUAGGUAUCUCCAAGGAACUGUGUAGUUCGUUUUUUUUUUUUUUUUUUUUUUAAACAAUUGGGGAAAAAAUAGGUUUUGUAAAACUGAACAGAAUAGCUUUUAUUACACUGAUAUAUAAAAUAUAUAAAAUUUUAAUUAACAGCAUUUCUUUUUAGGAAAAGGUCUGGAAAAGAAAUUUUACCUAAAUCCUGGAGCCAGUGUAAACUGCUCAGGACAGGAACCUUGUAACAUUUUAUACUUCUUAAAGCAUCUUGUACCUCAGUGGUAUUUUAUGAAUAAUUUUGUUAACCUACCAGUGUUUGCUAGUUCAAAAGAGCCAGAGAGUGAAGUUGAUAUGUAUCUAAACUGAAUUUUUAUUUGGGUGGAGAAAGUGUUCUUCGGUCUUGUGAAAAAUGUAGCUAGGGCAUUAUUUUUAUUAAUGUGAUUUUCACCUUGAUAGUGUACCUUGAGCAUCGAGAUAUCUUGGGUGUAGUAUAAUUUAUUUUACUUUAUUUGAAGAGGAGCGGUGGAGAAGAAGGGAGGCUCAGAACUUGUUAAAGGAAAGGAUAAAGAAUGAAUCCCUCUAAAAUUAUAAUCUCAACAAGUAACUUUAAGUGUACAGAAUUACCUAUCUGUACUAGCUAUGUGUGUUCCUCAUCUGAGCUGCACUUGUAGGCAGUUUGGUCAGGUUUAUUGCUGUUAUGCAGAUACAUAUAGAUAUAUCUCUCAAUUCUUCUGGACCUAGACCAGUAGCAUCUAUUCUCUUUUAUGUUUCUUUAGUUCUGAAGGAUGAGAUAUUAGUCAUGCCUAAAUGCUGCUAAGACUUUAUUAUUGCUGUAGUCCCAGACUAAUUGUAGUUCAUUUGUAGGUUUUGCUAAUGUAAAAUGUAGCGUACUCCUUUAGGAGGACCUUAUCACACUCACAUAUGGAAAAGCUCCCAUUGACUUCAGCAAGAGUUGGAUGAAGCCCUUAGUAUGUUGCUGCCAUCACUUCCAAAAUUUUUGGCUGAGCCCAAAUGCUGGCAGGUUAAUGUACUCCCUUCCCCAGUUCAAUGCUCCAGACUUUAUCUUUGCCUUUAUCAUGAACAGGAUUAAUCAUUGUAGUGCUUCUUAGAGCAGGUAAUACCUUUUAUUGGACCAACAUCAGCUAUUACCUCAACCACCUUGUGUCUCCAAUAUCCUGGGGUUAACACAGCUACAACAGUAGUACUUUUUGUCUUGCCAAUACUCCAUAUCUUUUCAAACAGAUCCAAAACACUCCAGCCACAUAUCCUGGACUGUGUACUUUGCAUUGACUUGGUGUUGUUUUCUUUGUUAAUCAAUGUUUGUUUUUAAUUACAAACCUACCAUGGUCACGCACUAAGUACAUAGACUUCCUUGCCGUAUAGAUUCCAGCCCAAACUCUCAAGCACUCCUCUAGAUUGCCAACAGUAUCCAAGACCUGCACAUUUUUUUUCUUGUACAGUAAUUGAGGAUUUAUAUACUGUGCCCUCUCUUUCUAUAACACUCUACUCUUGCCCUCAGGAGAUGCCCACUUGACAUGGAUUUAGAAGUCUAUUUAAAAUGUCUUUUAAAAUACUGAAUGUAGUUGGGUUCAUUUACAAUAUAACAUGUUUUAGAUGGCACGCUGUCUUUGGCUUCUUUGCAUCAUUAAAAGUAUUUUGUGGAAUAAUUAUAAUUUGUGUGACUCUUCCAUUCACUGUUUUACUGAUGAAAUGGCCGCUUUUUGAAUAUUCAACUUUGUCCACUGGUGACCUGCAGUGAUUAAAUAAGCUUUGCAAUAUAUAGACUAAAUGUAUUUAUAAUGUUUUGUUACAUUUGAUAAGGAUAACAUCAUGUUCAGCAAUUGUGAAUAACUAAAGGAUAAAGGUCUUCAUAUUAACAAUGUUUAUAAAGAAACCGGUGAAAACUGCCCAUUUAAUGAUUACAGAUCAUUAAUAUCAGUGCAGGGUCACAAUGUUUUUCUUUUAUAAAGGGGAUUAAAAAUGUACCACUUUGACAUUA